AACAUAUGAAGAAAUUUCAAACUGAAAAGACGAUACUCACCUUGGAUGAUCUGGACGCUGCUGAAGCAGAAAUAAUACAGUUCAGUCAAAGACAGCACUUUGAGGAAGAAAUCAAGGUCCUGAGGAAUGGAAGCCAACUCAGUCGCAACAGUGUGCUGUAUAAACUUGACCCGACUCUUCAAGAUGACACCUUGAAAGUAGGUGGAAGACUUAACAAGUCUGCUAUGCCAGAAAGUACCAAACACCCAGUGAUUCUUUCUAAACAUAGCAAAGUUGCRACUUUGAUCUUGAGGGACGUACAUCAAAGAACAGGCCACUGUGGACGCAYUUAUGUGUUGGCACAAGUAAGACAGAAAUAUUGGAUUCCACAAGCCAAUUCUGCGAUCAGGAAGAUCAUCGGUCAAUGCACGGUGUGCCGUCGGAUGAAUGGCAAGGUUGGUGAGCAAAAGAUGGCAAGCUUACCUAAAGAUCGCCURCUCCCAGACCAACCUCCUUUCACGAARACUGGUGUUGAUUACUUCGGCCCGUUUGAGGUUAAACGGGGCCGGGGUACUGUUAAGAGAUAUGGGGUAAUGUUCACGUGCCUUACUCUCCGAGCUGUGCACAUUGAAGUUGCCGACAGCCUUGACACAGACUCCUGCAUAAACGCCAUUCGCCGUUUUGUAUGUAGGAGAGGUCAAGUCACCACCAUGAGGUCAGACAAUGGCACAAAUUUUGUGGVGGCUGAACGAGAGCUAAGGAAAGCCAUUCAACAGUUGGAUAAUGAAAGAAUUGAGAGAGUCCUGCAACCAAAGGGGAUAAAGUGGAUAUUCAACAGCCCAGCUGCCUCUCAUCAYGGUGGGGUUUGGGAAAGGCAAAUURGRACUGCACGAAGAAUCCUCAAUUCCCUGCUGAAAGAUCAGUCAGUGAACGAUGACGGUCUACAUACAGUAAUGUGUGAAGUCGAGAGCAUAAUUAACGGCAGGCCGCUCACAAGCGUUUCAGAUGAUGUCAAUGACAUAGAGCCUUUAACCCCAAACCAUUUGCUGCUUCUGAAGGCUCAACCAACUCUGCCUCCAGGUGUCUUCAGCGAAGAUGAUGUCUACACCAGAAGAAGGUGGAAACAAGUCCAGUAUCUCGCGGACUUAUUCUGGGCUCGUUGGACACGCGAGUAUCUUCCACUUCUGCAGGAGCGACAGAAGUGGCUGAAGCCUAGAAGAAACUUCAUGGCAGGCGAUGUGGUGCUCUUG